AUGUAUGAUGGCCGUCUUGUCGGCUUCAAAAGUCGCUCCGCUUCUUCUUUCCCAGUCGAGCGCCUCGUUGAUAAUGGAUUCAAUUCCUUCCCGAUUACUCUACGCGGUCGGCCUAGUCACCCAGGCGGUAAAAUCAUCCACAAAGGCAACUGCUCCUCCCUGGCUGUCGAUCUAUCUUUGCACGAGGUCUGCGUUAAAGAAAAGAAAGAGAAUCGGAGACAGGGGCGAGCCCUGCGGCAGUCCAGCUUGUGGCAGGCUUUGAGUCUCCGAUAA